CGUUUAUCUGGGCACACUUGCUAAGUUCUCUCCGCCACGGGCACGCGAAAAAGUUGCUGUUGCUGACAAAUUUUUUUUUGAUCCUCUCCCUCUUGUGAAAGACAACAACAACAAAACUUCUCCGAGAUGUUCUCGUACUUUUAUGAAUCCGCCAAGAACUCACCAUUCCGUGGUCCAUUCAGCCGUGUGGAAUGCGCUGGUAGCGAUAAUACGACAUUGUCUCUGAAUCGCAGUCCAGUGGAAGGACGAGAGAUCGCCGCUGCUGCCGCUGUGGCACCCACGGAUUCAUGUGAAUUUGGUAGCAAUAAAUAUUUCGCCCUGUGCGGUAUUGGUGGCAUCUUGAGCUGCGGUACCACACACACUUUUGUUGUGCCAUUGGAUUUGGUCAAGUGCCGCUUGCAAGUCGAUCAGGCUAAAUAUAAGAAUUUGUUCCAUGGCUUUAAGGUCACCGUCGCCGAGGAGGGUGCUCGUGGCCUGGCCAAGGGCUGGUUCCCCACACUCUUGGGUUAUUCUGCUCAGGGUCUGUGCAAGUUCGGUCUGUAUGAAGUGUUCAAGGUAAAGUAUGCCAACCUUUUGGGCGAAGAGAAUGCCUAUCUCUACCGCACCUCAUUGUAUCUGGCUGCCUCAGCUUCGGCUGAAUUCUUUGCUGAUAUUGCAUUGGCUCCAUUCGAAGCCGCCAAGGUGAAAAUUCAAACUGUUCCCGGCUUUGCCAAUACCUUCCGUGAGGCUGUGCCCAAGAUGUUGAAGGAUGAGGGUAUCAAUGCCUUCUACAAGGGUCUGGUGCCAUUGUGGAUGCGUCAAAUUCCCUACACCAUGAUGAAGUUCGCCUGCUUCGAGCGUACCGUGGAGCUGUUGUACAAAUAUGUUGUGCCCAAGCCCCGUCCCGAGUGCACCAAGGGUGAACAGCUGAUUGUUACAUUUGCCGCUGGUUAUAUUGCUGGUGUCUUCUGCGCCAUUGUCUCGCAUCCUGCUGAUGUGGUUGUAUCCAAAUUGAACCAGACCAAGGGUGCCAGCGCUUUGGGUGUUGCAAAGUCAUUGGGCUUCAUGGGCAUGUGGAAUGGCUUGACUCCACGUAUCAUUAUGAUCGGUACACUCACUGCCCUGCAAUGGUUCAUCUAUGAUGGUGUUAAGGUCGCUUUGGGUAUUCCCCGCCCACCCCCACCAGAGGCCCCAGCCAGCCUGAAGGCCAAAUUGGAGAAGGAGGGAAAGCAACAGUAAUCGAAAAGAGAGAAAACUAUUAAAUCCAAUGCCACGGAAAACUCAA